UGAGUAGCCGGCGCCCGCUCUUGCAAGAGAGCUGACAGCGAGGUAAAGGCUUUCUCUCCCAAGGAAACAUUCGAAAUCACUCCUGAUGGAUAAAAAUUUUAAAGUCUGACCUUACAAAGAAAUUGGCAAAAGUAUGGAGCAACGGAAGCUCGAAGACUCUACUGGAGCGUAAAUUGGUACAGCCAUAUUUCGAACAGGGAUUGGCAUUACUCGGCAUAGUUGAAAAUACACACGCAUCAUGACCCAGCAGUUUCACGCCGAGGGUGGCCUCGCCCGGAAGGCAGAAGAGCUCCGCCCCGCCCCUUGUUUCCCUUAAGCCGAAUACCCAGCAAAUCACAGGAAGUGACGCAACGCCCACUCUUCCCAUGGCCGGCGCUCCACGGCGGGUAGCCGGCCGAAGCCGAGGGCGGAACUGGCGGAAGUGACGUUAACAACGCGCGCCAGGAGUUCUGUAGGGUCGGGAAGGGUCGCCGUAGCGGGCGCCUUGGCCGUUUGCGGCUAAGCUUCGUGUUCGCCGACCGGUAGUUGUCUCUGCAGUGACUCCAGAUGCUGUUCUUGAGGUGUUAAUCGGUCCUGUUUGAAUCGGUCAGUUCCCACAGCAGCCCUGAGCACGGUAGGAGUCCAUCUGAACUAAACAAUAAGAGGUAGUUCAUCAGUCACUCGGUUCUUUUGACUAAAAGAAAUUUCAAACGUGUAGCCAGUAAAGAGAUGAUUUGAGGAAAGCCAGAUACAGGCAUAGUUUGUAUAUAUGUGUUCUGAAGAAGUAAAGUUAUUACAUAUAUAAAAACAUGAUGCUUAUUUUUAUGUCUGUACGGUUUCUAUCACAGUGUUUUAUUUAAAGUAGUUGUUCAAUAAAUGAGCACACUAAAGUGUAUUGGAUCCAAUUCAAAAUUUAUUAAACUUAAUGCCCAAGACAUUGUAGAGGAUAGAAUGCUGAAUGGAAUAUUUUAAAACUUGAAUUUAGCCUAAUAGCGCUGUGUAUACAGUGCAUAAUAAAUAUUUCUACUCAGAUGUGACAGGUUCCUUAGGAAUUUGUUUUCCCUGGGUGUUUUUCCCCAAAAGUUUUUAAUGUUGAUUAUGUAUCUUAAUUUUUAACAUUAUAAGACUAUAAAUUAAACACAUAAAAAACCAAUUUUUUGUCCUGUUGGUAAUUUUGCAUGCAGUCACAGGAAAUGUGGAAGGAAUAAGAUUUCAGCUUUGUAAGGUAAAAAGAAAUAUAUUCCAAAAUAGUUUCGUUGGUUUUUUUCAUUCUUUGUUUGUUUGUUUUUUGUUUAACCAUGAAACUGGUUUGUAAGACUGUAUAGCUUACCUGUAUUCUUACGUUAAACUUCAAACUUUUUUCAAAGCAGCGUCCCUGUUUCUUGGUGUGCAUGAAGAUAACCCAGAGAGUUGCGGAAGUCGCUAAGAGUGUGCUGGGGAUGCUCUAGGAGAAGACUGAGUGCCGCGGUGAUUCCCAGUCCAAAGGUUUUUGAUUUGCCGAGAAGAAAGCGAACCUCAUGGAUCAGAACAACAGCCUCCCACCCUAUGCCCAGGGCCUGGCCUCCCCUCAGGGUGCCAUGACUCCUGGAAUCCCUAUCUUUAGUCCGAUGAUGCCGUAUGGCACAGGACUGACUCCGCAGCCUAUUCAGAGCAGCAACAGUCUGUCUGUGUUGGAAGAGCAGCAGAGGCAGCAGCAGCAGCAGCAGCAACAGCAGCAGCAGCAGCAGCAGCAGCAGCAGCAGCAGGCGGCAGUGGCAGCCGUUCAGCAGUCGACGUCCCAGCAGGCAACCCAGGGGGCCUCCGGCCAGACACCACAGCUCUUCCACUCACAGACUCUUACGACCGCGCCCUUGCCGGGCACCACUCCGCUGUAUCCCUCCCCCAUGACGCCCAUGACCCCCAUUACCCCCGCCACGCCUGCCUCGGAGAGCUCUGGGAUUGUGCCGCAGCUGCAAAAUAUUGUAUCCACAGUGAAUCUUGGUUGUAAACUUGACCUAAAGACCAUUGCACUUCGUGCCCGGAAUGCUGAAUAUAAUCCCAAGCGGUUUGCUGCUGUAAUCAUGAGAAUAAGAGAGCCCCGGACCACUGCACUGAUAUUCAGUUCUGGGAAGAUGGUGUGCACAGGAGCCAAGAGUGAAGAACAGUCCAGACUAGCAGCAAGAAAAUAUGCCAGGGUUGUACAGAAGUUGGGUUUUCCAGCUAAGUUCUUGGACUUCAAGAUUCAGAACAUGGUGGGGAGCUGCGAUGUGAAGUUCCCUAUAAGGUUAGAAGGCCUUGUGCUUACCCACCAACAGUUCAGUAGUUAUGAGCCAGAGUUAUUUCCUGGUUUAAUCUACAGAAUGAUCAAACCGAGAAUUGUUCUCCUUAUUUUUGUUUCUGGAAAAGUUGUAUUAACAGGUGCUAAAGUCAGAGCAGAAAUUUAUGAAGCCUUUGAGAACAUCUACCCUAUUCUAAAGGGUUUCAGGAAGACAACGUAAUGGCUGUCAUGUACUCCUGCCUCCCCCACCCACUUGUUUUUUUAAAACAAAUCAGUUCUGGUACAUUUAGUGGUGUUGUGGACGGCCCCAUGUGAUGAGAGGAUGGAUGUCCGGUUGUAGGUUGCAGCACGAGGUGAAGCUCUCCUGCAUGUGUACCCCAUAGGGAUGCCAGGAAGGGGGUAUUAUUUCUACACAGAGAACACCGAAGUGUUACUGUAAGUUGCUCGAACUGUGCUGCUAUUUGGGCAGCGCUGCCCGUUUAUUUAUAUUUAGAUUUUAAACACUUACUGCUGUUGACAAGUUGGUUUAAGGGACAAAACUUUAAGUGUUAAAGCCACCUCAACAAUCGAUUGGACUUUAUUUUGUUUAAUUUCUUCCCCAUAAACCACAGUUUUUAUAUUUCUACCAGAAAAGUAAAAAUCUUUUUUAAAAGUGUUGUUUUCUAAUUUGUAACUCCUAUGGGUUAUUUUUGUGCCACAUUCCGCCUUUUCAGUAUUGCAGGACAGAAUAGAAAUGUAUUAAUGAAAACAAAUGGCUGUACAUAUUUUUCUUCCUUCAGAGUACUCUGUACAAUAAAUGCUGUUUAUAAAAGUGUUAGAUUGAUGUUAUAAAUGAAACUUUGUAAGAUUCAUGUGCUCAUACUGUUUAAAAAGUCGUAUUUUAGAUACAAUGCCUGAAACCAUUUCGGUGUGUUUGCUUGCUUGCUUGCUUGUUGUUUGUUUCAAUCAACAUUUCAUUGUAUGUUGCAGUGAAAAUGGAAGAAUUGUCUGAAAAUUUUAAGUUGCUCACAAAACGUGUUUAUUACGUCCCAUACAUUGAGCACCUCCCGUUUCCCAGAUACGUUGCCUUCUCACAAAAGCUGCAGUUAGGUUUUGUUCCUCUUUCACAAGUAGGGCAAGGUAGGCCCCAGCUCAGGGUCUGCCCAAGGUUACAGAGCCCGUAAGUGGCAAACACGGGCUCUAAGCCAAAGGCCUUCAGUGUUAGAGCUGGGGUCGUCCACCGACUGGUGAGGUGUGUAUCUGUUUUUCUCAUGAAUAUCAGGUGAGCAUGUGUAAGUUCUUGGGGUUCAUUGUUCGGGUGCGUGUUUUUCUUUUUAAUUGUAAAAAUAUUUUUUCAGACGGCUCAGCGGUAUACAACCAGGAAGUUUCUUCCUUCCUCUCCCUUCUGUCUGUUUCCCCAGGUUAAGUACCGGAUUGGUGGGUACCUCCCCAGCCCUCUUCUGUUCAGAUUUUUUCCUUUGGGGGUGCUUUUGUUAUCAUAUUGAAAAAAUAGUAAAGCAUAUGUUUGAUUUUAUAGCUUCCUUUUUUUAGUCACUAUAUCAUACACAUUUUUCCAUGACAAACAUACUGCCAUGAAAUGGAAUCUGAUGGUGCCACAUGAUAUAAUCUGAUGGUGUAAUCUGAUGGUUACACAAGUUUAUGUAUUUAACCAUUUCCGUAAUUAUGGUCAUUUAUGUUAUCUGUGGUGUUUCACUAUUAUAAACAGGUGCUGCAGGGAACAUCCUUUUAUGUGUAUUUGUGGAUAAGUACAGGUAUUUCUGUAGUAACAUGCCUAGAAGAGGAGUCACUGCAUUAAGAGCAUUUAUACAUCCUAGGUUUUGAUAGAUCCAUACCAGAUUACACUCCAGAGAGAACAUGGUGUAUGAAGGGCCCUUUUCUUGCAUUUUCCAAUCAUUAGUGAUGUCAGUAAUGUAUGGAUGAAUUGGAAAGACAUCAGUCCAAUAUGAUCUCCUUCUAUUCAAGAAAGAAUUGUUUCCCCACGUGUGAGUCUUCUCUUAGGUUCUUCAGUAAAGUUUCGUAAUUUUUUUCAUAUAGGGCUUUACAUUACAUAAAAGUUAAUUCCUAAGUAUUUUAGUUUGUUAUUAAUGGCAUUUUUCAUAACACUUUAAAAUUAUUGGUGAGAUUUAUUUCCAGUCACUUUACUGAAUUCUUGUUACUCCGUAUGCUCCAGUCCAGCCACACCACCCACCCCAAUAGCCAUUAUCCUUUUACAGUGGUUACCUAAACACCAAUAUAGGUCACUCUUCCAUUUUAAUAAAUUGAUGUUGUUAUGUCUGUUUUAUUCCUUAAGCUCCCCUGCCAUCUCAUUUAAGGAAAUUUAUAGGCUGUUUGGCUAGUAGUUUCUUAGUCUGUCUUGCUAUUUGCAAACUCAGGAAGGUGCAGCCAGCGUAUUCCUCUGUUCUCUGCAUUUCGUGCCGGUGGCUGACUGCAUCUAAAGGCUUGAUCCCUUUGUAAAGACUGUAAGUAGUGUUUGUUAGGAAUUUAACGUCUGAUUGUCAUCUCCUGAUUGAUCCACUAAUUCAUUAGUGGGUUGCAAAAGAUAAAAUUCUAAUUAUUUUUUUCAUGA